AUGUUUCUUCUCAUUAUAGCUAUUGCAAUUGUUCUUGUUGCUCUUAUUUUACUUCUACCUUCCUUGUCGGGCUUGACCAAGGUUAGUGUCGAAACUCAUCGUCAUCACGAAAAGCAUUCCAAAGCGACAAACAAACAGAGACAGAAUGAGCCCCAAGACAAUUACCAAUUCGGAUACGUGCCACCAGAUGAACUUUCAAAUGAACUGACUGAUCAGGACAAUGAGGGGUUCUUGAAGACUGAGGCUCGUGUGUUGAAGGAAAAACUUCAAGUCCAUUCAGAUGAUAUACCAAUCAAGAUCAAGUUGAAAAACUUUGCUGGCGAUGAAACUGGUUUGAGAAGAAGGAAAGCUGAAAAAUUGGAUUUCAAUACCGAUCCAAAUAGCUAUGACUAUGACCUCGAUGAGCUUAUUGCUGAAGAAACUGAGUUUGCAAGACAAAAUGCGCAAAGGGAGUUUUACAAAGAUCAAAAUUUGGGAGGUGAAAAAGAGGAAAUGGUUUGA